CGGGGGUAAAACACCAUAUAAAAUAGACAUAUCAGUCGUCUGACUCUCUCAAAGUCAGUACGAACAAACACAAAGUCAUGUUUUUAUUGAUUUAAAGGUUUAUAAAAGGGAGAAAGCAACCCAUAAAAUUUAAGGGUUAAAAAAUGUCUCCCCAUCCCCCUGAUUCUGCAGGUAGUCCGGCCAACCCUCAUCAGCGCUCAUCUUCUGGAAGCUCGCCCCCGCCUUGCCAGCUCAAGUCCUUCAAGGAUGCUCUGUCUUUCCCCUCCUCUGCUGUCUCCUUUUCCCUUUCUUCUUUCCCCCUAUUCUUUCCUUUCCUUUCCUGCCUCCUCUCCUCCUUUUAGGUUUGAUGCUUCAAAUCAAGUGUUCAUCCCUUUGGAUAAAGACCGGUGUGAGUCGCUGUGCUUAAGUUGGAAUUCCUCCCUAAUUAGGAAAGUCAUUGGAAAGUCUUUCUCCUUCCCUUUUCUGAAAGUUCUGUUAAAGAAAGCCUUUUUACAUUGCUCUGGAUGGGAAAUUUUUCUUCUGGGAAAAGGCUUCUUAUUGAUUAAGUUCAGCUGCCAGGAAGACCUUCAAUCAACCCUCGAAAGGGGUCCUUGGAAGCUAGAAGGUUUCCCCUUAUUUUUAAAGUUAUGGGAACCGGGCUUCCGCCCCUCGGACGCUGUUAUUGAUUCAGCGGUGCUUUGGGUUACUCUUUCGGAACUUCCGAUUGAUGGCAAUUGGCAACAAGCUAGGCAAGUUAGUGAAAAUUGAUGUAAGAACCAUGGAUAAGGAUCGUGUUCGAUUUGCCAAACUUCUGGUUCAAGUUGAUUUGUCCAGCCAAUCCCCAAAAGAAAUCUGGAUUGGAAAUUUCCUGCAGAAAAUUCAUAUUCAAGAUGCAAUGAAGUUCUGCAAGUUCUGUCGAAGUUAUGGCCAUGGGAGUCAAGAGUGUAAGAAAAAACAAGAGUCAUGGUGUUGAUAAGAAUCUCAGAAGUAAAAGCCUUUUCUUGAAGUGGGUGAGGAUGAUUGGAUCCAGGUGACCAGAAAGUCAAAGACCAGGACCUUGGAGGUGUCAAAUGGGUCAAUCUUGGGCCAAAGAGGCAGAUCCGUUUUCAGGUGGGUGGAAAAGAGAAUUCAAAGUCUUUCUCCUACUGGGUGCCAAAUUUAUGUUUUGGGUAAAAAUAUUUCAAUUUUAAACCAUCCUCAUUUAAUGACAGGGCCCCACCUCGAAACACCUCAUCCUCUAUCAGCUGGAGAACAUAAUCUUGCUCUAGACUGUUUUAAAUCUCCUCUCAAUAAAACUCCUCUCUCAGCCAAGAUACCCCCUCUCCUCUAUCUCUUUCUGAUCUAAAUAUCUUAGUAAACCCUUUCCAUCUCCUUAGCUCCGACUUGUCCGACCAACAUGGUUUCGAAUUACGAGACUUACAACCUCCUCGGUCCGCAACAUUGGGUCGAGAAGCCUCGACCCUUCUCCAUCUUCAACCCCAAUCAACAUGCCAAACCCAUUAGCAUCUCCCCCUUGGACUCCUCCCUCCCCUCAGGAGAUCUUUCUGACUUGGAACACCAAUGUGGUGGAUCUGUGCCCUCCCUCGACCGGAAUUUCAUAUCUGAACCUGAAUUCGUUCCAAUUCAUGAUGGAAACGCAGGACUAAGACGAUGUCAAAUUUGCGCCGGCGGAGGUUCUCCGUCAAAUUAUUCUCAAUCUUCUAGAAGUCCUAGUAGAAUGGAUGAAUUUGAAGAUGUUAUCGAGCCAAGGAGAUCUUCUUCCUGCCCACCUCCCGAAUAUUGCAGAUCUGAGCUUUUUAGCACAAUGCAUGCUAUUCCCCCAGAUUUGCUUCAAUCUUGGACCCUCCGUUGAUUCUGCCUCGUCAUAUCGAGAUGAUCCAACUUCAAUUUCUGUCAGUAAGUGUGGAGAUCCGAAACUGGACAAAUGCGACGAAAUUGGUAAAGGCAAGAAGAAGAGAACGCCAAAUUCUAUUGGAUGUGGAAUGGGGAUUCGUAGGAGCGCUCGACGGAGAAAGGUCAAUAAAUCUAUCCCUGGAGCCGAGGCAUUACAUUAUUCGAUCCAACCACCGGUCAAGAUCCCUUUCCUCUCACCCCCCCCCCCCCCCCCACAAUUUGUGAUAUGUCCAUUUUAUACUAGAAUGUUAGGGGUAUCGCGAGAAUUCCCUUCCUAUAAAAUAUCAGACUUCUUAUCCAACAGCAUCAACCCCAUUUGAUUAUUAUCUCUGAGAUUAGAGUGAGCAGGACCGACACUGGGAAGAUUUGAGCAAGCUUCCGUUUGAUGAGUGGGUGAUGGUGGAACCGGCUGGUCUCUCUGGAGGUAUCGUUGUUCUAUAGAGGUUGAAUUAUCUCUCUUUUGAACCGACCAGAACUUCGACUCAGGGUAUCCAUGGUAUCCUUCAGGGGCUGGUGUUGCUGGGUGUUUCGUGAUAGUGCAGGUUCUUCGGUGUUGGGCUUCCGGAUGAAGUGCCGCAUUAAGUCUGCUGCCAUGGGGGAAUUGCUAGCUAUUUAUACUGGGUUGCAAAUUGCUGUUGAGAGAAGAUGGUUUACUUUGGAAUUCUACUCUGAUUCUAAACAAACGGUGGAGUGCAUUCAAGAUCCUAUGGUAGUGAAAGAUGCUAAUUUGGUUAUUCUGAACGCUUGCAUGGACCUCUUGGAUAAUCUUCAGAUGGAAAAGCUUUAUUAUGUAAGCAGAAACUCUAACAAAGUAGCUGACAACUUAGCUAAGUAUUGUAGGAAAUCUCCAGACCAGAAUACUUCUAUUGUAAUUCUUCAUGAUCCACCAGAUUUCAUUCGGGAUGUAUUAUAUAUUGGAGGAUAGACCUUCCUAACUCUUUUGUAUCUCUUAACUUUGCUUUAAUCUAAUUUCGUGCCCCCGACUUUGCAUAUAAAAAAACA